UUAUUUUAGUGCUUAGCCAAAAAACGCCAACAGCGAAUUCCAUAUGUCGUAGAAAAAUUUCUUUACUGUUUGCCGACGAUUGUCCAAUGGGUCGUAAUCGUUUCGAAUAGUGUACCCGAACGUGUGUGAAAUGUUUGUGUUAUUUGUUUAGUGUUCAAUGAUUGAAUUAAUUGUGAUUAAAAUUCGUUGAAAGAAAGUUGUUUUUCCUUUACUCUCGAGUAAGGGUUGAAACGGAAGAAUCCUGCAGGUGAAAUAAUAUACACGUAGAAGACGUGUGAAAGUUAAACUGUGAAGACAGUAUAGUGAAACAAAAUCUCCAAUCGAGUGUGAAGGAAAAGCAAUCGAUCUAGAAAGGAUGUUGCAUGUACCUCCUCCGCAGCCCCAGCAGCAUAUGGCUCAUCCGCCAACGCAACCGCCACCUCCUCUACCGUCGCAUUUACCACAUCUGACGAGCGUUCCACCGCCGAACGUUCCAACACAGGGAUCGGCUGGGCAACAUCCUGGACCAAGAAUCACAAAUCGACACCAUCACCAUCAACGUGUUUCGGCCGCCGGAGAACAUCACCAAGCGAUACCAGCGCUACGAAUGCCACUCCAGCAGCAGAACUCCAGAAAAUCUGCGUCACACCACUAUGUAUCCAACAAUAUGAUAGGCAAUGGUGGAAUGCCAUCGAAGCAUCAGCAAGCUCCGAUGGGCCAUCCCCCAAAGUCACUAUCGUACCACCAGCAUCACCAUCCCACCCACCAUGGACAUCCGAACACGAUCGUCAUCCCGGUGGUAUCUGCGGCAGGUUCUGGUGGGUCGAAAACACGCAUGAUUCCAGCCCAUGAUCCCAAGAAUAUUAGUAAACCCCACAGUAAUGCGUUAUUAGCAACAAACAACACAUCGUCAAAUACGAAGGGGAUCCACCAGGUGGAGCCCCCUAUUCAGCUAUCGGGAGGAAUCCCCUCCUCGACCACCACUGGCACGGUCGGAACCAACACUAGCAACACAAGUACCACUACCGGCACUGUGAGUAUCCCAGUUGGUGGUAGCGGUGGCGGAGGAGGAGACAGCAAUAUUGGAGGUGGUGCAGUUACGUCAACCGCCUCCUUAGCGCCCAUUGUGGAAUGUUCUUCCGAUAGCAUCCCGAAAGAUUCCACCUCACAGCAACUGCAGCCUAACCAACUGCCGUUGACUGUGUCGGAAACCUUGGCAAACAAUAAAGAGAAAACACCAAUGUGUUUAGUUAAUGAAUUAGCACGUUAUAACAAACUGCAGCACCAAUACCGAUUGACCGGUGAGUCGGGCCCCGCGCACAAAAAGCGCUUCACAGUCACGCUUAAGCUGGGCGAUGAAGAGUACACUGCGGAGGGUCCGAGCAUCAAGAAAGCCCAACACACGGCGGCAAACGAGGCGGUCGGUAAAACCAAAUAUAAACAUCCGCCGGCCAAAACCAGUCGGGCCAAGUCUGGCGGGAAGACUAGCAUAGGAAACAUCACACCGACCGUUGAAUUGAACGCACUGGCGAUGAAACGAGGCGAGCCGACUGUUUACGAAAGCGAAGAGGUGGUUGUUACUCCCAAGUAUACUCAUCCACCUCCAGGGCGUCCCAAUGCACCCCAACCGAAUGUUAGUGGUGGAGGUCACAGCUACUUUCCAGCUCCACCUCCUGGGACACAUUACAGUUGUUUCCAUCGGAACAAUGGUAUGUACAACAGCGCUCCUCCAACGGGCGUCCGAUAUGGUGCUCCACAACAUCAAACUUACGGUAGACGCAAUCCAAUAGGUGGAAAGAUGGAUUACCAUUCUCGCGGAUAUUACUACAACCAUCAUAUGCCACAUGUGCCUCAGUCCGUACCAGAACUCUACAAGGUUACACUGCACGUGGGCGAGAGAACCUUCCUGGGAGAGGGUCACACAUUACAGGCAGCUCGACAUGAUGCAGCAGCACGUGCACUAGAGGUACUGAAACCGCUCACUCCGGAUACUAAUAACGCUGGCUCCGAGUUUCUCGAUACCUCGCUUGAUAGUGACGAUCCAAACUCUGAGCUGAAAUCUCCAAUCUCUCUCGUGCACGAGAUGGCUCUGAAACGCAAACUGAGCGUUCAAUUUGAAGUUCUCGGCGAAAAGGGCCCACCCCAUAUGAAAGUCUUCACGACACUCUGUAAAGUGGGCAACAUCAUCACGGAAGGCGAGGGCAAUGGGAAGAAACUUUCCAAGAAAAGAGCCGCUGAAAAGAUGCUGGAAGAACUUAGAAAACUUCCUCCGACUGCGCCAGAGAAAAGCACAUGCAGUUUACUGAAGCAGAAGCGCAAGCUUCCGCUGCCGAAAAAAAAAACCCGCAACCUCAUCAAGGAGAACGCGGACGAAGAUCCGCUGGACAUGGUGAACCCAAUCAGCCGUCUAAUGCAAAUUCAGCAGGCACAAAAAGAGAAGGAGCCCGUGUACACGCUGUUGGAAGAGCGCGGCCUUGCCAGGCGUCGGGAGUUCAUUAUGGAAGUGUCAGUCGGUGGUAUGACCGCCACCGGUAUGGGACCAACAAAGAAGCUCGCCAAGAAAGAAGCAGCGGAAAGUUUGCUGGUAAUGCUCGGACACGUACGUUCGCCAACGGCGAAUGCUUUCUCACCCAACAAGGAAAACAUACCGGUGGGUGCAAACGAGAUCGCUGAGAAGACGGGAAGAAAAGUUACUGAUGGCACGGGAGCAAGUACGGUCGGAAAACAUGGUGGCAGUGCCGGGAGACAGAUUGUUCCCGGAGUGUUGCAGUUGAAUACAGGAGUAUCGAACAAGUCCCUUUCCGAUCUGCCAUCGUUGAGGGAAUCUUCUCAAGAAACUAACAUCAACACGGAAGCACAUUCACCCGACAUCGCCAACACUGCAAGGGUAGCAAGCCCAACGAAGUCGUCUACCGGAAUAGGCUCAGCAACUACUGCUCCCAGCGUUACACAGAAUACAACUGCGAGUAAAAAUACCACUGGCACUAAACCCCCCACUGUCGGCAGAAUGAAAGAACAGCUAAUGUAUUUGGCUCAACUAUUGAAGUUCGAAGUCUUAUUUUCAGAUUUCCCGAAAGGCAACCAUGGCGAGUACCUGACUCUGGUAACACUUUCAACCGAACCACCGCAGCUGUGUCACGGCGGGGGCGCAAGUUUGGAAGAAUCACACGAUGAGGCCGCUCGUGGGGCUUUGGACAUCCUGAGCAAGAUUGGCCUGGAUAACGUGACACCCAAAGGAAGCGCUUCCACAGCAGCAGCAUCAUCUGCCGCAGACGACACAUGCCCAACUGUUCUAACCAAUGAGAGCCGUGUUACAACAAUCGACGAAAAUUGCAAAUUGUUCUUCGUUAAUGUAAUAAAUUUCCUACCCGAACGAGGAAGGAGACAGAGUUUUGAGGUGACGUUGAACGAUGUCCAUGUUGUACGACUGAAUAGACACAACGACAAGCCUUCUGAUUGUUUAUGAUUGUUAUGUAACGUCCAAAACAACGUUAAUUUAAAUUACUCAAAUUAAAGAUGACAUGAUUUGUAUCGCGGGAUAGCCAAAAGCGAAUGUAUGUUUACCAAAAGUUUGUUUGUUAUAUUGAAUCUUGUAAGAACGUUAGUAAUCUGUUAUAAGUAUCGAUAUUUAAAAUUACACAAACUUGUUUACACAAAUAUGUUUAUAUGUUGCUAGGGAUAAGUUCAAACAAAAUGUAUAUUUAUA